GUAAAUAAUAGUUUAGCUCUUAGAAAUUUAAUAUAAUUAAUAUUAAUAAAAUGGACAAACUUGGUAUAAAUCUAUUAAAACAUCACGAUAAUAUAGCCUUAAUAGUGCAGAAGGAAGGAAAACAGAAUAUUAUCUACAGAGACUUGUUAAAACAAGUUUUAAAGACAUCAUUAUUCAUUGAAUCUGAAUCGGAUAUACCAAAAUGCUCUACAAUAGGAAUCCUCGGUGACAAAAGUUAUGCAUUAGUGGCACUUACUCUUGGAAUAAUAGAAACUGACAACACAUUUUGCUAUUUGACCAAAGACGAUCUUGAUGAUUUAAGUAUUGAGUAUUUCUUCAGUUUGUCACCAAUAUCCUUGAGUACUAUUGAAUUAAGGAAAACAUUAGUGCUGUGUGACUUGAAUAUUUAUUUCUAUAAAACAAAAAGUGCCAAGGAAGUUAAGCAAUUCAAUUAUGCCGACAAUGAAAUGAAUAAAGUAUGCUAUAGAAUAACAACAUCAGGAACAACAGGACGAAGAAAGAUUAUUCAUGUUACAUACAAUUCCAUCUAUCCAAAUAUCAAAGGCUUACAAGAAAUUUUCAAACUCGAUCAUUCUGAUGUCGUUCUAUCUGCAUCGCCAAUCACAUUUGAUGUAUUUAUCGUUGACCUAUUUUUGGCGCUUCAUUCCGGAUCUUCACUACUAAUCCUAGCUGAUAAUCAUCGAUUUGAUACAUCAAUAUAUUCCAAAACAUCAGAUAAAUCAGUAACAUUUCUACAAAUGACGCCUACAAUAUUUAGACAAUAUGGCCUUGAUAACAUCAAAAACAAAAUACUACACUCGGAAUCUAGUUUGAAAUAUCUCGUCCUCGGUGGUGAAGAGUUUCCGUCUCCAAAAGAAGUACUAACAUGGCAAGAUUUUGACAAUGAAAGCAGCCGCAAGAGAAUCUUUAAUAUCUAUGGUGUGACAGAAAUGAGCUGUUGGUCUCUCAUACACGAAAUUACCAAAAAGGAUCUGGAGUUUGGAAAGAUAUGUUUAGGAUCUCCAAUUGACAGUGACACAUUACCGGCUUAUUAUCCAUAUCCUAGUGGUUUAGAGGAACUUAUUCUUACAACAUCUUCAAGAGUCAAUUAUUUUGAUGAUAAGGAAUGGGACAAAAAGCUAGGAACUAAUGGCAUUUUUGCCUACGUCACAAAUGAUCUCAUUGAGAAAAUUGAUGGAAAGAUUUAUUGGCAUGGACGAUCGAAUGACAUGGUUAAGAGAUUUGGUGAGCGAGUUGAUUUGAAGAAAAUUGAGGAAAUUGCAUCAGAAAUCGUACAUCCAGUUUCCUGCAUAAUGAUAAGGAAGAGAAUUGCUUUAUUUUAUCAAUCAGAGCAAGACGAUGUGUGUCAAUUACUUUCCAAUCAUUUAAGGCUUAAAUUAAGGAAAGUAGAAUUUCCAGAUGAUAUUAAAAGAAUCGAUUUUCUUCCUACGUGCGAUCACGGUAAAGUCAGUAAAAAGAAAUUAAAGGAACUAUACAAGGAUAUACUAAAAGAGGACAAUAUUAAGCAAAAUGCAGAAGAUGUCUUUCUUGAUGCCAUAAAUAAAAUGUUUAAUUUAAGUAUCGAAAAGCCAUCAGAAUCUAAUGGUGACGAACCAGAUGGAAAGAGAAUGAAAUAUAACAUUGACUCAUCAUUCCAGCAAAUUGGAGGCAGUUCCUUUGAUGCAUUACGCAUAGUUAUGAAAAUUGAAGACAGGAUGAGUUCAAUGUCGAAUGCUUUGCUGCCAAAACUUUUAGAUAAUCAAAAUAGUAUUAAAGAUAUUUUGACUUACCUUAAAGGAUUGAAUCUUAAGUCCAAAAAUGGAGAUGCUAUUAAUCUGGUUAAUUUUAUUGACAAUUCCAAACAUUCACUUGAUCUCAAGUUUCAAAAGAAAUUUGAUUUACAAAAAUGUAUCGACUCAUCGCCUGCCUUAAUUAACAUUAAAGGAAGAAGUUAUAUAGUCGUUGGUGGACAUUCAGGGAACUUGAUAACUAUUGAUGCUGACGAUUUGUCAGUUAUGUCAAUAAUUAAUCUUGGGGAUCGUAUUGAAUGUGAAGCUGUCCAAUUUUGUGACUACGUACUUGUUGGAUGCUAUGAUGGAUUUAUUUAUUGUGUCGAUGUUUUAAGUGCCGAUAAAAAUGACAGAAUAAAAUUCAAGUACAAUUCUGGUGCCAUGAUCAAAUCAAAACCUUUAAUAAUCAAUGAUUUUGUAAUCUUUGGAAACUACAAUUAUGAGGAAAAUCUUCGAUGCCUCAAAGUCAAUGAAAAUGCUGAUAAUGUCGAAUUAAAAUGGAGCAAGGUACUUGGAAUGUCUGGAAUUAUAGCAAAUAUCCUACAAAUUGACAAUGAAUCGAUUCUUGUCUGUACGUUAGAUGGAAUUAUUGAACGAUUGAGGAUUAAUGAUGCAAGUAAGAUAUGGAACAAAAAGUAUGAAUAUCCAAUAUUUUCGAGCCCACAGAAAAUAAGCCACAUGAAGGCUAUAAUAUUCGCAGAAGUUAUGAGGAAAGUUCACUGUAUAGAUUAUGAUGGAAAUGCUUUAUGGAAGUUUGAAACUGAUGGGCAUAUUUUCUCAUCAUUUCUAUUCAAUCCCAUAAAUGACAAUAAUGUUCAAAUCAUGUUCGGAUGUCAUGACAAUAAGAUACGAUGCAUCGAUUACGACAAUCAAGGAUUAAAAGUCUCCAAAAAAUGGAUGACUGAUCUUCAAUCUCAAAUAUACGGAACGCCAAAAAUUAUUAAUUUUAAUACAAAAAAUUAUAUUGUCUCGUGCUCAACAAACGGCUAUGUAAAUUUAUUAAAUAUUUUAAGUGGGAAAAUGGAAAGCUCUUCCAAGUUACCAGGCGACAUCUUUUCAUCACCUUUAAUCCAUAACGAUAAAUUAUUUAUUGGAUGUCGCGAUAAUUACGUUUAUUGUCUUUCCUUGAAACCUAAUUAAGAAUUUUUAAGCUUUUAAUAUCCAGUGAAUUCAUAAAAAUUAUUUAUUUUGACAGCUAAAGUUUAACUGAUUUUUUUUUUCAAAAUCAGUUUCAAAAUAUUUCAUUCAAAAUUCAAAAAAACAAUUUGACUUAAUUUUCAAAAAAUUAAAUCCGUUAAAUUUCCGCUAAUCUCAAAGUUACCCAGUUACAGUACCGUUGUAUCAUAAUUUCAAAAAACAACUAUUAGCUCAAAAGUGUUUUCAUGCGACAAUAAAUAUUUAAGCAUAAAAUCAACUUUAAUUAAAUAUUUUUCAAAUUUGCUUAUCAUUUUUAAAAUAGCUUAUUAAACGAGCUUUAAAACGAUACACAACAUGCUGGAAAAAUAUUAAGAUUUAUAAGAAAUAUGUUGGAUAGAAAUUUUUUCUUGAAACAUGGAAACAGUUUUGAAUGGUACUGUAUCUUUAAUAAUUAGACAGCUAUAAGUAUUAAGUAUA